CCUUUCUGUUUUCCAAGAGAAUCUUGUGCUUAUUUCUUUAGUUUCUUCUUUUUUCGGUGAAAAUGGCUUCCGGGCAAGUCCUCAAGCGGUCGGAUUCAAUUUCAGAUCGCAUGCCAGAUGCAUUGAAGCAGAGCCGGUAUCAUAUGAAAAGAUGCUUUGCUAGGUUUGUCGCAAAUGGGAAAAGGUUACUGAAACCCCAACAAAUAAUGGAGGAAAUGGAGAAAUCAAUAGAAGACAAGAAUGAAAGAAGCAGUGUCUUGGAGGGCUUACUUGGUUACAUUCUGACUUCCACUAAGGAGGCAGCUGUUGUUCCACCAUAUGUUGCUUUUGCUGUAAGACCCAAUCCUGGAUUUUGGGAAUUCGUUAAGGUGAACGCUGACGAUCUAUCAGUCGACGGUAUCACUACUUCAGAAUAUUUGAAAUUUAAAGAAACGAUCUUCGAUGAAGACUGGGCAAACGAUGAAGAUGCUUUGGAGAUAGAUUUUGGAGCCAGUGACUUUUCCACUCCCCGCAUGACACUUCCUUCUUCUAUUGGAAAUGGGGUGGGCUUCAUCUCAAAAUUCAUGACCUCAAGGCUACAUGGGAGCUGUGAUAGUGCAAAGCCAUUGCUUGACUACUUACAAGCCCUAAAUCAUAAUGGAGAGAAUCUUAUGAUAAAUGGAACUCUGGAUUCUGUGUCUAAGCUUCAAAAUGCCCUGGUUGCUGCUGAAGUACACUUGUCUGGGCUCCCCAAAGACUCCCCAUUUCAGAAUUUUGAGCAGAGGUUUAAAGAGUGGGGCUUCGAGAAAGGCUGGGGAAGUACUGCAGAAAGUGCAAAGGAGACAAUGACAAUACUUUCUGAGGCACUCCAAGCACCAGACCCUGAAAAAUUGGAGUUGAUCUUUAGCAGGCUGCCCAGCAUUUUCAACAUUGUAAUCUUCUCUCCUCAUGGCUACUUUGGCCAGUCAGAUGUCCUCGGAUUACCUGAUACAGGCGGCCAGGUGGUUUACAUUCUGGAUCAAGUAAGAGCUUUAGAAGAAGAACUGCUCCACAGAAUUAAGCAGCAAGGUCUUGCUGUGAAGCCUCAGAUUCUUGUGGUAACCAGAUUUAUACCAGAUGCUAGAGGGACAAAGUGCAACCAGGAGCUGGAGCCUAUAGUUGACACUAAUCACUCUCAGAUCCUUAGAGUCCCAUUUAUGACAGAGAAUGGAGUUCUCCGCCAAUGGGUUUCCCGUUUUGACAUCUACCCUUACCUUGAGAGAUUUGCUCAGGAUGCUACUGCUAAGAUCCUUGAACACAUGGAAUGCAAACCGGACCUCAUCAUUGGGAACUACAGUGAUGGAAACUUGGUGGCAUCUUUGAUGGCUAGCAAACUUGGAAUAACUCAGGGAACUAUUGCUCAUGCCUUAGAAAAAACCAAGUAUGAAGAUUCAGAUGCAAAAUGGAAGGAUUUGGAUCCCAAGUACCACUUUUCAUGUCAGUUCACAGCUGACAUAAUCUCAAUGAAUGCAGCCGAUUUCAUCAUAACAAGCACAUUUCAAGAAAUUGCUGGAAGUAAGGAUAGGCCUGGACAGUAUGAAAGCCACACAGCAUUUACAAUGCCAGGACUUUAUAGGGUGGUCUCAGGCAUCAAUGUUUUUGAUCCAAAGUUCAACAUUGCAGCCCCUGGGGCUGACCAAUCUGUCUACUUCCCCUACACUGAGAGUCAGAGGCGGCUAACCUCUUUUAGCCCUGCCAUUGAAGAGCUACUGUACAGUAAGGAGGAUAACGAGGAGCACAUAGGAUAUCUGGCAGACAGGAAGAAACCAAUCAUCUUCUCGAUGGCAAGACUUGAUACAGUGAAAAACAUCACAGGAUUAACUGAAUGGUAUGGAAAGAACAAACAGCUGAGAAGCCUGGUAAAUCUUGUGGUUGUAGCAGGAUUUUUUGAUCCAUCCAAAUCAAAGGACAGAGAAGAAAUAGCAGAAAUAAAAAAGAUGCAUGCUUUGAUAGAGACAUACCAACUCAAGGGUCAGAUCAGAUGGAUUGCAGCUCAAACUGAUAGAUAUCGAAAUGGGGAGCUGUAUCGUUGUAUUGCCGACACAAAGGGAGCUUUUGUGCAGCCUGCAUUGUAUGAGGCUUUUGGCCUGACAGUCAUUGAGGCUAUGAACUGUGGAUUGCCCACCUUUGCAACAAACCAAGGAGGCCCUGCUGAGAUUAUUGUUGAUGGGAUCUCAGGCUUUCAUAUUGACCCCAACAAUGGUGAUGAAUCGAGCAACAAGAUUGCUGAUUUCUUUGAGAAAUGCAAGAGGGAUGCUGAAUAUUGGAACAAGAUGUCAAAAGCUGGUCUCCAGCGUAUAUAUGAAUGCUACACAUGGAAGAUUUAUGCAAAGAAGUUGCUGAACAUGGGAACAAUCUAUGGAUUCUGGAGGCAGUUGAACAAGGAGCAGAAGCUAGCCAAGCAAAGAUACAUCCAAAUGUUCUACAAUCUCCAAUUCAGGAAUCUGGCAAGGAAGUUGCUCAUCCCAAGCGAAGGACCCCAACAACCAACACGAGGGCCAGAAACUACAUCCAAACCACGAGCACCAAUGGAGGGAAUUUCACCCCUGCAAACAAAACCAGAAGUCCGGCCGCCAAAAACUGAAUCUCCGCUACAACCAAGGGAACCCCAACCACAAGUACAGACUGUACGCUGCCCUUGGACUUGGUGCUUCGUUCUUGCAUUUCUCUUUCUAAUUUAUUACAUCCUAACGAAGUUGUAUGGUCUAUUCACAAUUUCAAAUGGGCCAAAUUGAAAGUAAGAUGAAGUGAGAAGAAAGAUCACUCAAAUUCCUCAAAUUUGUAAAGGUUUAUUUAUAAUAAUAAGAUGCCUUUCCGGCAGUCUCUCACUCUAUGAGACAAAGUUCAUUUUA